AUGCAAUCCGUCGAUGAAUUUACGCCAUCAACAACCGAGCCUGUGUUCGGUAGUGGACUUAUCUCUCAAACGAAAAGUCAAUCAUCAACUAAUAACGAGAGUACUGGUAAUGAAAAUGCAGUUCCAGCGUCCGAAUCAGCUGUAAAUGGACAAAAUGAUAGCAAAAUGGAAACGAAUGAACCUAUUACGAAUGGUGCCACAGAUCAUACGAAUACUAAGGAACCAUCAGCUGUACAUGUCAACGGACAGAAUGACAAACCUAUUGUUGAAGAAGUUUCCGAACCUGUUGUUGAAAAAGCAAGCGAAGUUGAACCAAUGGUAACCGAAGCACCAGUUCAGGUUCAAUCAGUUGUUCCAUCGACUGAAACGGAGCCAGCGACAUCGACAUCCACCGAUGCUGCAAUGGAAAGUUCAUCAGCUGUAACAAGUACAGAGCCAACUUCAAUUGUUGAAUCGACAACACCUGUAGUUGAAGCAGAACCAUCCAGCGUUACUGCACCUGUCGCCUCCGAAUCCGGAACAUCAGAGUCGAAAGCAAAAUCUCCUCGUGGCAGAGCUAAAGCAGCACCUGUUGUAGCUUCGACAGCACCAACACGUCAAUCGACACGUGGUCGAAAACCGGCCGCAUCAUCAUCAACAAACGUUGAAGAAAAUCAAUCCAAUGACGAUACUGCUGCAACAUCAACAGCAUCAUCAAGUCAAGAAGAAUCAUCGUCUAAACCUACUAAGCGACAAGCAGCCGCAGCUGCUAGUGACGCUAUAGCAGCAACUAAUCAACCAAACUCAACAUCUGACAACAGCAAUGCUGGUGAUGCAAAAGAUCAAGAAGUGAUUCCAUCCGAGGGUGAUGACGACGAUGACGCAACUGCUGGCAAAGGAAAGAAGGGUACUCCAGGACGUAAAAAACGCGAACCGUCUGUGCCAGCAGCUAAUGCAACAAAGAAAGCACGAGGUAAAAAUUCUAUAACACCAGCAAGUGAUGCUGAUAACGGAGCUGAAACAAGUGAAGCUGAAGCGAUUCAAAGUCCCCCGAAGAAAGCACGUACAAGUGUACCUAAGAAGACACCUGAGCCACCCAGUGAAGAAUACACGCGAAAAUUACGACCAAGAAAAUAG